CCCAAAAAAAUCUAUCGGAUUUGAAUUGUGGCCUAGAUUUUCCAGGGAAAACCAUACCAAAUGGUUUAUGAAAAAGGUCAAUUAUUGGAUGGAUUGGAUCAGCAGUUGUUUGUUUCAUCCCACAUCUGCUGUGGGUCCCGUAAGAUGAACGACAUGGAUCAACAGACAUGGGUCCCACUUGUAGAGAGUCCAUAGUUCUUCUCUCCCUCUUCAAGAAAACUAAAAAAAAAGGUACUCCCAUCACGAAAGAACAGUCAAGCACAAGAGAAGAAGAAAAGCCCAUCAACCAUAUGAAGAUCUUCGAUUCCAACGGGAAAAUAGAGAGGAAGAGAUUGGAGAUUCAUUUACUGCAUGUUUCCUGAACUGGGUUCUUUCCUGUUUAUGGAUUCGACUUGGAUUUCGAUCUGAAUUUGUGUUCUUGAUCCAGUUCUUUUGACGUUUUUGAAUUUUGGAUUGUGGGAAUUUCAUUGGUUCUUUCAUUCUUUUUAGUUUGGAGUAGAAAUUUAGUUGUUACUUUCCCUGUCGACCAUUGGCGGUUUACGGGCCCGAACGGUGGCAGCUAUGUCUAGCUUUGUUGGUGUUUUUGUCUCCGAUCCAUUGCUUCACAGCCAAUUCACUCAGGUCCAGUUGCGUGGUCUUCAAUCCAAUUUUGUUUCUAUGAGAAGGGAAUUGGGUCAUGUUACGGUCAGGGAUUUACCGCCUGCAAUGGUGAAACUUAAGGCUUUCAAAGAUAUGCUUACUGUGGAAGAGAUCAGCAGGAUCUUGGGUGAGUCGUAUUCCAUUACGAGCGAUGAGAUCGAUUUUGAAGCAUUUCUACGGGCUUAUUUGAAUUUGCAAUCUCGGGCGGCUGCGAAGUUGGGUGGUUCAAAGAAUUCAUCCGCAUUCCUGAAGGCCACGACAACCACCCUUCUACAUACGAUUGACGAAUCGGAGAAGGCAUCUUACGUCGCCCAUGUCAACAGCUACCUUGGAGAUGAUCCAUUUCUGAAGAAAUAUCUUCCUUUAGACCCCACGACGAAUGAUCUUUUUGAGCUUGCAAAAGAUGGAGUUCUUCUAUGUAAGCUGAUCAAUGUCGCUGUACCUGGAACGAUCGAUGAACGAGCAAUCAACACUAAACGGAUACUCAACCCAUGGGAAAGGAAUGAGAACCAUACCCUUUGUCUUAACUCUGCCAAGGCCAUUGGGUGCACUGUUGUUAACAUCGGAACACAGGAUCUUAUUGAAGGGAGGCCUCACCUGUUACUUGGGUUGAUAUCUCAAAUUAUUAAGAUACAACUGUUGGCGGACCUCAACUUAAAGAAGACACCUCAAUUGGUGGAGUUGGUAGAUGACAGCAAGGACGUGGAGGAGCUCAUGGGUUUAGCCCCUGAAAAGAUCUUGCUAAAAUGGAUGAAUUUCCAUCUCGAAAAGGCCGGCUACAAGAAACCUGUUACAAAUUUUUCUUCUGAUGUGAAGGAUGGAGAGGCUUAUGCUUACCUCCUUAAUGUGCUUGCGCCAGAGCAUUGUAGUCCAAACACAUUGGACACGAAGGAUCCUAAAGAGAGGGCGGAACUUAUACUUGAACAUGCAGAGAGAAUGGAUUGCAAAAGAUACUUAACUCCAAAUGACAUUGUUGAAGGCUCGCCGAAUUUGAAUCUAGCAUUCGUUGCACAUAUAUUUCACCACAGGAACGGUUUGUCAGUAGAUAGCAAGAAAAUAUCAUUCGCAGAGAUGAUGCCAGAUGACGUGCAAGUAUCUAGAGAAGAAAGGGCUUUCAGAUUGUGGAUCAACAGUCUUGGAGUUUCUACAUAUGUUAAUAAUGUAUUUGAGGAUGUUAGAAAUGGAUGGGUUCUGUUGGAAGCGCUAGACAAAGUGUCUCCGGGAUCAGUUAACUGGAAGCAGGCAUCCAGGCCACCCAUUAAGAUGCCAUUUAGAAAAGUAGAAAACUGCAACCAGGUUGUGAGGAUUGGUAAACAGCUGAAGUUCUCCCUAGUUAACGUGGCCGGGAAUGAUAUUGUGCAAGGAAAUAAGAAGCUCAUACUUGCUUAUCUAUGGCAGUUGAUGAGGUUUAACAUACUUCAACUCCUGAAAAACUUGAGAUUCCACUCCCAAGGAAAAGAGAUUACGGAUACCGAUAUCCUCAACUGGGCGAACACCAAAGUGAGGAGUACGGGCAGAACUUCUCAAAUGGAAAGUUUCAGGGAUAAGAACCUAUCAAACGGGAUAUUUUUCCUCGAUCUUCUUAGUGCGGUGGAACCAAGGGUUGUCAAUUGGAACCUUGUUACCAAGGGCGAAAGCGAUGAGGAGAAGAAGUUGAAUGCUACAUAUAUAAUCAGUGUUGCUCGAAAGCUCGGGUGUUCCAUUUUCUUGUUGCCCGAAGACAUCAUGGAGGUGAAUCAGAAGAUGAUUCUUACUCUAACUGCCAGCAUCAUGUAUUGGAGCCUCCAACAACCAGUGGAAGAGUCAGAGCCGUCCGUCGAAGCUGCAACACCAAAGGAGUCCUCCGUCAACGGCGAAAAUGUUAGAAUUACUAGCAAUGGUGUUAGCAUUCUUGGCGAUGUUUCAAGCUUGGCAAUCGACGAUGCCGCUUCUGACGCUUCCUCACAGUCACAAGAAGAGAAUGGGGAAGCUCCUGUCGACGAAUGACCACGAAUUUCAAAUCCAACAGUCCUUUCUUCUCCUCUUUAAAGAAUAGAAAAGGAAAAACAGAAUAUUGAAAACACGCCAUAGGUAUGUGAAUACAAAAACACCAAUAGCCUUUCUCAUUGCAUUGCAUCAGUUGAGUCAGGAGCUUUGGUGGGUAAUCACUUGAUUAUCUUGCCUAUACAAAAUGUCCAUGGUCCUCU